AUGGCCCUGGGCUCCUGGACCCCAGAGCUGGGGUUCGUCGAGAUGGUGCGGGAGGCCGCCGUCUCCACCGGCCCGUCCCUGGAGUUAUGCACCUUCCCCUCUACCCUGGGCUCCGCGGUCGCGACCGCCGCGCUGGAGCAGCUCAUCGUUGUGGAACAAUCGCUGCAAAGUGACUAUUUUAAAUGCAAUGAAGAAGCUAAGAUCUUUCUUAAAGACAUUGCUGUAGCUGUUAAGAAAUUGGAAGAAAUGAGAAAAGCCACAAUUGAUCUUCUGGAAAUUGAAAGCAUUGAAUUCAGCAGACUAUACCAUCUAUUGGAAACUCUUCCCAGUAGCAUUUACAGGGAAUUGGAAGAAUGUGUCAGAGAUGCUUGCAGAUUAAAUCUUUUUGAGAUAAAAAAAAUACUAAUGAGAAUUACAGAAAUGGAUAAUGAAAUAGAGUUUCUGAAGAAGAGAAUAAUUGAUCUGAAAGAAACUAACGAAGCUCUGGGUAAGAAGCAAGAAGAGCUAGCGAAGCAGCAUGCAAGGUUUGUGCUGUUGCUCAACCACACCAUGGGAGAAAAAGCCGCUACCACUGUCUACAUCAAUGAGACUUACACCAAAAUCAACUUGGAGAGAGAGGAAAUCGAAUCGCAAAAGAAAUAUAUUACAGAGGCAGAAGAACAAAUGGAAAAAGAAAGAACAGAAUAUCUGAUAAGAAAACAACAAUUAACUGCACAGAUUGAUGAAUUUAAAAGAAUCUGUGAACUUAAGAGAAAGGAGACUUAUAAGAUGAAGAAAGAAUUGGAUAAAUUACAAACAAGGAUGGAAAAACUCAAAGAAACAGUUAGUACCAGCACAGCGGUUCUUAGUGAUCACAAUUUAGAGUUAGCACAACUACAUUCCUCAAUAAGAUUUUGGGAACAACAAGUCGAAGAGCUAAAGAAAGUCUGUCAGGUUCUGCAGGAUAAAACGCAGUUUUUUACAAAUCACAAGCAAAAUCUGGAUAAUGUAUCUAAUAUUGAAAAAAAUGAGUUCCUGCACAAGAUAAAACAGCUGGCUGAACAACUACACAAAGCUCGUUUAGAAAACAAAGAUCUACGAGAGAAAAUGAAUACUCUUCUCAGACAAUAUAAGAUUGUCUUAAAUGAGGAGGAUAAAAGUUUUUUGCAGAAACAGAAGGUCUAUGAUGAAAAUCAGAGACAACUGAUAUUUAUUGCUGAGAAAGAAAACUUGCUAUCACAAAGAAAAGUAGACAUCAAAAAUAUGGAAGAGGGAUUCACCAUGCUUUACGAUCUUCAUCGAGCAACGAAGGAAGUAUAUCAGAAACAGAUAAGAAUCCUGAGUGAUAACCUGGAAAGAGAAAGUCAGAGAUGCAUUAUAAAUCAGUGGAAAGCAGCUUGUUUGAGAAAAAAGCAUGCACGUUGGUUAGCCAAGAUAAAGGCUGAAAUAAAAGAAGUUGUAGAAAAAAUUGAGGGUGCAGAAAUUAGACGAAUUGAAUUACUUGAAGAGACCAGUUUUAGAGAAAAGGAGAUCAAUGAAUUUGUGGCACAGACUGAAAACCUUACAGUAGAAUUAAAAGAAGAGGAGGAGGAAUUUGUUAUCAAAGAAAAAUGGUUAAUGAAGGAGUUAAGCAAGUAUGAGGAAAAGUUUGUUAAGGAAAAAGAAAUUAACAAAGAAAAGGAAGAAGAACUAGUCGAGUGUCUUCCACAACUUCAGGUGGCAGAAGAAGAGUAUAGAGAAAAAUAUAGAAAGUUGCAAGAGCUCAGUAACAUUGUUACAGCACAAAGGCAAGAGGAGAAUUUACUGAACAAUAACAUUUUUCAGCUUGCAAGGGACUUUUCAAGACACUUUAACAACACGGACAAAGUGAAGCAAGAAUUAAAACAAUUACGACAUCAAGAAAGCAAAAAAGUCAAAGAUCAUUUUGAAAUUCUAAAGAACUUAGAAAAUGAAAUCUACGUACAUGAUCAAAAAGUAGACCUUUUGUUCCUGGAAAAUGAAAAAUUUAAAAAAUAUAUUUUACGCAUGAAAAACAACACAGAGAAAUACAGAAAAGAACAAGAAGUCCUCAGGCAUAACUCAAGUGACCUGUCUUGGCAACUGAUAGCUCAGCAGACACAAUAUAUGAAUUUGUGGGCUGAAUUUCAGUCUAGAGUUAAGGACUUAGUGAAGAGUGGUGAAAAGACUUUGCAAGAAAUAACAAAUCUAAUAGACAAGCUGCAUGAAAGGGAUGAAAAAAUCGAGCAUAUCGGUACUUGGCUCCAUGGGAAUCUUGGAGAGCUUCGUUCUCUUAUGGAACAGGAAUCACAAAUGGACCUCUGUCUUGGUUCCAUCCCAUGUUUCACUGUUAAUGCUAACUUGCUUUCAACAAGUAUUCAGUGA